GACAUCAUGGGCUAGGGAACAGUGAACAGCCAGUGAAGCAUCCAGCCUGCCGAGCAAGCUUUGCUUCUAGGGUCAGGAACUGGUCUGACAAGAGAAUGGCAGCGCUGCCUUCAAACCGUCUCUAGGACUGUACGGCUGACGAUGAAUCCACCAGGACUCCAGGCCCAAAGGCGAGACACCGAGCCGGAGAAUGUGAAGACAUAUUUCAGGAUCUUGUGAGUGCUACUAAACAUGUCUGAUAGUGUUGAUAUUGAAGAGAAGCCACCAGCCCCCCCCUUGAGAAUGAACAGUAGUUCCCGAGACUCUUCAUCAGUGAAUCACGCAUCUAAACCACUUCCAAUGGCUCCUGAGGAAAAAAACAAGAAAGCUCGCCUGCGCUCCAUCUUCCCCGGAGGAGACAAAACAAACAAAAAGAAGGAAAAGGAACGUCCAGAGAUAUCCUUACCCUCAGACUUUGAACACACAAUCCAUGUCGGCUUUGAUGCUGUUACAGGGGAAUUUACAGGAAUCCCGGAGCAGUGGGCCCGGCUCCUGCAGACCUCCAACAUCACCAAGCUGGAGCAGAAGAAGAACCCACAAGCUGUGAUCGACGUGCUGAAGUUCUACGACUCCAAAGAGACCGUCAACAAUCAGAAAUACAUGAGCUUCACCUCGGGAGACAAGACAGCACAUGGUUACAUUGCAGCAAACACUCUGAACCGACUGCUGUCUUCUGGGCCUCCUGUCAGCCUUAGAACCUGCAGCGCAUUAUUUGACAAGGGUGCCAAAACAUCAACGACAGAACCCCCGAUCGCGCCGCCUGUUUCGGAGGAGGAGGAUGAGGAGGAGGAGGAAGAGGAGGAAGAAGAGGAAGAAGAGGACGACGAUGACGAGCUGCCCCCGGUCAUCGCCCCUCGACCUGAGCACACCAAAUCUAUCUACACGCGCUCUGUCAUGGACCCACCAAAGCCCCCGAGCCCCGUCAAAGAAGAGUCGACUCCACCAGAGUCGCAGGUUCAGCCUGAGAAUACCUCCAACACGAUGUACCGCCACACCGACCGGCAAAGGAAGAAGUCCAAAAUGACAGACGAGGAGAUUCUGGAAAGACUCAGGAGUAUUGUCAGCGUGGGGGACCCCAAAAAGAAGUACACGCGCUUCGAGAAAAUAGGACAAGGAGCAUCUGGCACUGUCUACACUGCCAUCGACAUAGCGACCGGUCAAGAGGUGGCCAUCAAACAGAUGAACCUGCAGCAACAACCCAAGAAGGAGCUGAUCAUCAACGAGAUCUUGGUGAUGAGGGAAAACAAAAACUCCAACAUAGUCAACUACCUGGACAGCUACCUGGUGGGGGAUGAGCUGUGGGUUGUGAUGGAGUAUUUGGCUGGAGGCUCACUGACAGAUGUUGUGACUGAGACCUGCAUGGAUGAGGGCCAGAUUGCUGCAGUCUGCAGAGAGUGUCUUCAAGCGUUGGACUUUCUACACUCCAACCAGGUUAUCCAUAGAGAUAUAAAAAGUGACAACAUCCUCUUGGGGAUGGAUGGAUCUGUGAAGCUCACCGACUUUGGCUUCUGCGCCCAGAUCACUCCCGAGCAGAACAAACGCAGCACGAUGGUGGGAACGCCGUACUGGAUGGCCCCAGAAGUGGUGACUCGGAAGGCUUACGGGCCAAAAGUUGAUAUCUGGUCUCUGGGAAUCAUGGCAAUAGAGAUGGUGGAGGGGGAACCACCUUAUCUGAACGAGAAUCCACUCAGGGCACUCUACCUGAUAGCAACCAAUGGUACUCCAGAGCUGCAGAACCCAGAAAGGCUCUCUUCGGUGUUCAGAGACUUCCUCAACCGCUGCCUGGAGAUGGAUGUGGACCGCAGAGGCUCCGCCAAGGAGCUGCUGCAGCAUUCCUUCCUGAAGCUGGCGAAGCCCCUCUCCAGCCUGACGCCUCUGAUUGUAGCUGCUAAGGAAGCCAUAAAGAACAGCAGUCGCUGAGGGGUGGGGCUCCCCGUCCAAGCCCGAGGCCGGAGCGCUGCCGGUGAUGCGUUGCUUCAUGACAGCAGGGGGUUGGGUGAACGGGGUGGGUUUGUGUGACUGACAGUGACAGCACAAGGGCAUGAGACCCUCCCCAGCCGCCACCGCCGCCACCACUCGUCCUCAGAGCCUCGUUUCCGGGACGGACAUCUGGUUUUGCAGCCUCUCGGCCACACUGCUGAAAACAGACCUUGCCUCCUUGUUUACUUCUCCAGCACUGUACAUGUAGAGCAGUCUAUCACAAGUAUGUCAGACACGUGUGUGUGUGUGUGUGUGUGCGUGUGUGUGUGUGUAAACAAAACCGUGCACUUCUGUUCACGUCAUGUCUUGUUUUGGGAUGAAUCUCCCUAAACAGCAAAGACAAAAAAAUUAGUUUGGAUAAAACUGAAAAAGGGAAGGGUGCAGCAGUGAAACCGAUAGACAACGAAUUCUUCCCUGUCCUGGAUCAGGAUUGGUUUCCUUCCCUCUCGUCAGGGAGCACAAUCAGGCCACAUCCGUGCCGAACAGCCGAUGUGAAGGAGGACCUCUGGACCCGACGUCAGCCUGCAUGACCAUGGUUCUGUGAAGAAACACCGCUAACCCUCUGCAUAUUGCCUCCUCUAGACGUGGCGUAACUCUGCUGUGUUUUAAUGUGUAGACGUGUGUGUGUGUGUGUGUGUGUGUGAAUGAGUGUAGGGAUGCAACUACCGGACGGGGGAGGGAGGGAUAUAAAUUCAGGAGUAAUUUCUUCAUUUUUCAUUCACUUAUGCCAGCUUUAAAUACCCUGCAACAAUCCAUGUCGGCAGUUCUUUGAUAUGAUUGGAGCAAAAUCUCUUCUUUAAUUCAAAAAUGCUGUCUUAAAAUCACUGGGCAUAAAUGCAAUUGGCUGAUUUCCAAUUAUUGCUUGAAUAUGUAAAGUCUUCGUCGUUUAUAGGACAUCGUUUUUGAAGCAUCCUCAUACAAAUUGUUAUUUCAAGGAAGAUUACACAAGCGUUGGUGAUUUUUUUUUUUUCCUGUUUAGGUAUGUGUUGCCAUCUUCCAUACAGUGGUAUGCAAAAGCCUUGAACUUUGCCACAUUUUGUCAUGUUACAAAUACCAGAUCCAUGUAUUUUAUUUGGACUUAAUUUGGCGAUGAACUAUGAAGUUGAAGGAAAUGGUUGAUGGUUGGCGAGUGAAAGUGUGGCUUUCUUUUGAUUUAGCCUUUCAAGAUCGCAUUGUUUUUAACUCCAUCCACCCGCCCAUCAACAGUAACUUCCCUCUCCCCGAUCAUGCUAUGGGGAAAGCAUCCCCGUAGCAUGAUGCAGUCACCCAUCUGCUUCACAUACGAUGAUGUGGUCAUCGUGAUGAUCAAGUUGUUUUUUUUCAGCCUCAGAGUCAUUUUUGACACAUCUGUCUAGAGCACCUUCUUCUACAUGGUUUCUGUUACCAUUACAUGGCUUGGAGUAAACUUUAAAUGGACUUCUUAUUGUUUUCUCUUUUUUUUUCAUUCUUUCAUAAAGGCCAGAUUUCUGACUGCAUUACCAACAACUGUCCUGUCAGCACACUUCCCCGCUGAGCUUUUGAUAUUUGCAGCUCCUCCAGAGUUACCUCUAAGGUUAAUUUCUAAUUAAUGCCCCUCUUGCCUAUCAGUUUAGGGUGGUUUGAUAUCUUAAUAGGAGGACUCUAUUCACUUAUUAGGGUUUUUUUUUUUUAAAAAAAACGAUUGCUUGCCCUACAUUUUAUUUAGGUACAUCAGAGUAAAGGGGCUGAUUAUAAAUGCACGCCACACCUUUCAGAUUUCCAUUUGUAAAGCUUUUGCUUUCCAUCAACUUCCCAAUCAUGCUCUGCACAUGAAAUCCCAUAAAAAUACCUCAGUUUGUGGUUGUAACAUGACAAAAAGCACACAAAAAAGCUCACUAGGUGUGUCUUUUUCCUUUUCUUUUUUGCAAAGCACUCCAAAGAUCUGAAAUGGCUUGCAUAAAUUAGGAGAAAAGGGAUGGAAAUAGCAAGCUGGUAAUCCUGAAUUCAGUCCAGAGGGUAAUAAAUGUAUUCAGAUUCGGCGAGUUGCCACACAGUGCCCCAGGCUUCCCCCGUGUCCUUGAACAGAAAAUGAAAUACAUCAGAAAUAUGUCUGAUUUACAAAUGGUAGAAUGACGUCUUCUCAUUUGCAAUCUUGUUGAUUUAUUUUUUUCCAUCUCAGUGUUGGAGAUAGAGGCUGUUGCUGUCUAAGACGCUGCUCGUCCAAGCUGUAGUGUUUUCGUCUUUCGAAUGUGUCUUAUAUUUUGAUUUAUUUCUCAUAAGGUCGUUACAUUUUGUCGUUUCUUAAAUGUGUGUCAGAGCGAACUAAGGAGUGGCGUUCUUUUGAUUGUACCCAGCCCCCCCGUCGUUUCACUCUUAACAUUCCUUUCAUGCCUGGAUUAGAGUUUAAACUCAUUCCACUGCUACAUCAGUGUUUGUAUUUACUUGCUUCAUCAGGCGUUCCCCCUGACGCGCAGCGCCACGAGAAGCUCACAUACGCUCAUCCUCGACGUGGAUGUUUUUGUUUUUUUUAGGCUUUGAUACAAGCAUUUAAACUGCUCAUUAUUUCAGGGUGUGUGAUCAUACGAAAAGAAAAAAAAUAAUUGAUUGCAAAAGCUUAAAAAUUUCUAAUCAAAAUUAGUCCUAUAGGCUUAAAUAUAUGCAUACGUCUCCACUAAUGUUUGGAUUAAUGUCCUCCCGAAGCAAGUUGCGUAGACACCACAGACCUUUUGGAGCCACCGACAACUUUUUUUUCCGUGAUUCUAGCUGGAUGUUUCACCGCUUUUCAUGG